AUGAUACAUCCUGCCACUGGCGAGGAAACAAACAAAAAAGUCAGCGCCAUGAAUUAUUACGCGUAUCGACUGAUGAUUCGCCAAAAUACUGAUAACCAUCUUUUGAGAUGUCGAGCAUUGUUGCAUCAGUACAUUGUUGACAUGUACGUAAAAAUUGAAUCUGAAAGGCUUCUCUACAUCAGACUUAACCAAAGCAAGCUGCGUUCGGAGGAAUAUAUUCAUUUCCGUGAUGCGAUCAACAAUGAUGCUAAUAUCGAUCCUAAUCAGUUGGGAAAGGCGUUCAUACUACCAGCAACUUUCACCGGAAGUCCACGACACAUGCAUGAGUACGCGCAAGAUGCCAUGACAUAUGUCCGUGCAUAUGGUCGACCUGAUUUAUUUAUCACCUUCACCUGCAACCCAAGGUGGAUCGAGAUAAAAGAGCUCCUGAUGACCGGUCAGUCAACAACAGAUCGUCACGACAUCACUGCGCGCGUAUUUAGACAGCUCAUGCUCAUGAACUAUAUUGUUAAAUAUCACGUCUUCGGUGAAACAAGAUGUUGGAUGUAUUCCGUUAAGUGGCAAAAAAGAGGUUUGCCACACGCACACAUCUUGAUCUGGCUUAUGGUUAAAAUUACACCAGAUCAAAUCGAUCAAGUCAUCUCAGCAGAAAUUCCAGACAAUGAGGUUGAUCCGGAACUUUACGAUGUUGUCAUCAAUAACAUGGUUCAUGUGGUACACUGA